AUGUUGAAUAUCACAACACUUGCCGUGUUGUUAGUGGUCCUUGGAGCAUACACACACGCGUUAAAUAUAAAGACUGUGAGUGAUAAAAAAAUAAUUAAACGUGAGACAGAUGGUGAAUUCUAUCCGGAUUGGGUACCUUUCAAGAAUAAAAAAGGAGAAGAACUCGGAGAAUUCGUUCAGGUAAAGAAGAAAAAACCGGCCAAAAGGUUAGCGCUACCAGUUAACUUUUUACUCAAACCUGUUGCUGAAACUGAAGGCGAAGAUUACUACGAAAAAGGACAAGGUGAUGGUGAAGAUUACUAUGAAAAGAAAGAAUGGUCUGAUCAACUCAGGACUGCUAAACAAGCCGCACCAGUCAAAGUUCUAACAAACAACACUGAGGCAAACGUGGAAGGAACAGUAAAUAUUGUUACGUCGGACAAACAUCCUACUAUGGAUGUAGGGCCUUCUACUAUCACUGAAUCUGACUCCUUAGCUUUACCAGAUGAAGAAAAUAAACUAGAAAAGAAAACAGCAGAAGAUAUUUCGAUCGAUAUCAAUAAAGAAGACAGUGAGGUUAAGGUAGAGAGCAAUGAAAGCGAGACAAAGGAUAACAAAGAGAAACAAGAAAAUAGCAAGAUCGAGUCAGAAGAAUAUAAUGACUACGAGGAAGAAAGCACAGAAAAAGCAAAACCAGAACAAACUGAAGAGGAAAAACAACAGGCGGAAGCUAAAAAACAACGCAUUCUAGGUCUUGUUGAUGAUUUAAAACGACGCCAUGAAAAAGAACAAAGAGAAAUAUCUGAAAGGGCAAAAGAAGAUGAAAUUAUUAAAGAGGAACGGGACAGAGAGUUGAGUAGAGGCAGAAUUAUAUUACAGCCAAAUGAAGCAGAUGAAGGAUAUGAUAAAUAUAAUAGCAAAAAUUACAAUAAAGACCGACCAAAACCCAAUUACGACGAUUACGAUGAAACUACUAAUGUGGAUGACAAAUAUAAAAUUCAUCCUCCGACUAAAAAGCGACCUCCAGUGACAACGACAAUUGCACCUGUAACGUCAUCUAGUGUGAAGCCAAUUAUACGCACACCAAAAAGAAAAAGAACGAAAUCCCCGCCAAAUAAGCAUGGAGAAAAUGGUAAGCUUUCUGUGUUCAAAAAUCCAAAAUUGUAUAUGUUGUACGACGAUGAUACAACAGAUGAGACAAGUACGGCGGUUUCUAGUACAAAAUCACCAAGAAUAUCUGCAAGAAUGAAACAAAGAAGACCUCUUACAUCAACCUCACCAUCUACAACACCUGCUUUACCUACGUCUCGCGAUUCGAAUGAGAGUGUUCGCAUUUCUCUAGUUCCAGAAAAUGACGAUACAAAGGACGGUGAGCCAACGUUGUUCUUUCCUCAGAGGAGAAAGAACAAGCGCAGGCGAAAAAACAGAACCAGGUCAUCUACUCCUGAACCAGAUUCACACGUCGCCGAGUCAGUGAAUGGAUUUGCUAAAGAUGUUAUGAACCCAGCUCCCGUAGCGUCAACAGAAACUAUAACCUCUACAAGACCAGAAGAUUCCUCGCCAUUGGCAGCGGCACCAUCGGCAGCUGUUUCUGAUCCAGUGGCUUCCGCCAGUGGUCACGUAGAACCAAAGCACGAAAACUAUGAAGUAGAAAAAGGUGCAGAGCGCGAACAUUUCGCUGAACACAUGUCUGAACAUGGCGAGAAGGGCAAGAAGGCUUAUGAGGGUCUGCACAAGGAUACGAAGGCUCAAAAAGGGCAUCAUGAUAAGGAAAGCCACCAAGGAUCGUACGCCGACCGAGGAGGAUUUGAAAAGGAACACCACGUUGCAUCCGAUCAUUACGGAGCGCACCAUCAUGAGGAACAUGGGAAAAAACAUGCAAAGUAUGAAGAGUCGGGUAAGCAUUCGAAAGGGCACUCCACAAAGGGCAGCCACGAUAUUCAUAAGAAGGAAGAAUACGAAAAAAAAGUGGAAUUUUUCGAAGAGGAUGGGGAUUCUGCGGAAGAAGAGAAACAUGGCGGAUAUCAAAGCGACCAGGCCCAUUCAUCGGGCGGUCACUUCAAGAAUAGCAAGCUGCACGCGGGACAUCACGAUCGCGCCAAAGGAGACGCCGGUCAUUUCGAGAAGGGAGGCCAUGUCCACGUUCAAAAGGGACACAAAUCAGCCGUUGGUCAUGACAGUCACGGUGCGCAUGGAAAAGCCAAAUUUCAGAAAGGCGGUACUUCUGGAGGCAAGAAGUGGGUAUACCACCACGGUACCCCUGCGAAAACUGCAAACCUCGUUGCCAUCGAUCGAAAAGCAGACCACUUUUAUCACGGACCACAAUAUUUCGGAUAAAAUAGCAUAAGAUAUUUAGGAUUUUCGGUCUCACAGCCAAUCCUACGGAUCUUUAAUUUUACAAUUCUAUUCUUCGCUUCUUACUUUCUGCUAUGUUGAAUAAAAUAGUAUAGAUUAUGUUGCAUUUGCAUGAAUAUUUUUAUUUUGUCUGACGUCAUGUAGUUCAAUGUAAUCAUCAAUAACUUAUUUAGAUGUUUUCCUUGCUGAAUGAUAAAAUUUCAGCUGUAUGUAUUAUCUACACUGCCUCUUAAAAUAAGCAAAACAAUAGGAUUGGCUGCGAUAAGGAAAUUAUUAGGGAUGAUUCUUGAUACCUGUCGUAAUGAUUAAGCAGAAGACUUAUUGGAAAAUUUCAUUUGACAAGCUAAACUUUCACAUUUAAAGUGA